AUGCUUGGUGAUACCAUCUCCGCGACGAGAGCAGACAAUUGGCCCUCUUUGUUUCCAGUCUUGGUUGAACCAGUCCAAUUUGAUAGGCUUCAAAUCGGCGUCACCAGAAAUGGUUGCAAGUCUGAUUUGAUCACCAUAAAUCUGUGCCAACGACUCGUUCAAAGGCUGCUGAUCAGCAUUGGUUUCCACAUUUGUGACUUAACCCAUUUAAGACAUCCUUCGAAGUCUCUAGGAACCGUAACUUUACCACCUUCUGGGGAUUCUUCGUCUUCAACACGAGCGAGACCUUGGUCCAAGGCCUUGAGAAUAACAGCGGUAGCCACCUUAGCAGAUGUUUCAUCAAUGACCUCCAAUGGGGCCAAAAGACCGGCUUUGGAGUGCUUGAUGGCUGGAGAACCAGCAGCAAGCUCGUCCACGGCAGCGGAGAUCAUAGAGCGAGAAAUUUUGGUAGCUCUGGACAGAACAGCUCCCAAACCGAUACCUGGGAAAGUGAAACAGUUAUUGUUUUCGGAAAUAACGUAUCCAUUCACAGUCGAGCAAUUCGCGACCGCUCAAUCUCAAGGCUGCGGUCAUAGAGGCCAUAACAACAGCUCCGGUACCUUGAAUGUCAUCGUUGAAGCAUGGGAGCUCGUUUCUAUAUCUCUCCAAGAUUGGUCUAGCAGUGGUGACACCAAAAUCUUCAAAGUGAAGAACAGCACUUGGGAAUCUCUUCUUGACAGCUUGAAUGAAUUUGUCGACAAACUCGUCGUACUCGGCUCCUCUCACUCUCUUGAAUCUGUUACCCAUGUACAACUCGUCUUUGAGAAGUCUCUCGUUGUUGGUUCCAACGUCCAAAACAACGCUCAUGAUUCUUCCAGGGUGGAUACCUGCACAAAGAGUCAUGAGGGCAGCCUUUGCGAUCGUGAUACGCACACCACCGACACCCUGGUCACCAAUUCCAAGGAUACCUUCACCAUCAGAAACAACAAUGUAAUCAAUGUCUUUGGCUUCGCCGAAAGCAGCGAGUCUCUCAUCGAUGGAGUCUGGAUCGGUUAUAUCCAAGAAACAUCCCUCUGGCUUUCUGAAUCUAUUGGAGUAAGCUGCGAUUGCAUCUCCUUCGGUUGGAGUGUACACGAUUGGAAGCAACUCUCUAAUAUGUCUUCUGACCAAUUCGUAGUACAACACCUUAUUCUGCAGUCUCAUGGAGGUACAGAAGUCAUUUCUAGCGAGAGGUGUCUUGAGGUAGUGCAACUGACUGUAAGCUCUCUCAACCUGCUCAUCCAGAGUGUUGACUACAGGUGGAAGUAA